CCCAGUUUCAGUCUCUCUACACUCGCGGUCGCCUCAAGGCUGGUGGGCCACGUGUGGAGCCUGAGUUAUUCUAGUACACCCGUGGUGUCAAGCUGGACCAACAGAGCAUAUCCUGACUGUGCUCGCGGUGGCGCUUUGUCUUCGGCCUCAGCUCUCUGUAUUGUGUGGUCAGUUUUUCGAGGCCAGGAAUCCAGUCUUCUCUGAGCUGCCUGUUUUGUCCACUUGGUGGCGGGUAGUCCCAAGUCCGACAGUUGAAUUCUGCUCCAAUAUAGAGAUGGUUUGUUUGUUAGUUUGUUUUUUGGUAUCGGGGAUCGAACUCGGGUCCUUGCGCUUGCGAGGCAGGCGGCGGAAACGCUGAGCUAAAUCCCUGGCCCGAGAUGGUUUAUUUUAUUUUAUUUUAUUUUUAGAUAUUAGGCCGUUUGGCUUGUAAUGAUGGCUACAGGCUUCGUUUAUGAUUGGACCUGUUUAUCCAUUUAUUCAUUCAAUAAAUUACUUAUUCAGCAUUAAAGUCACGGGCCUAUCCGAAGUUUACAGUACAUUGUCUGCUUUUACUUAAUGAGAAGUGUUUGCGUGGCAGCGUGGAAGCAAUUUAGGAUCUAAUGGAAAGUAUCAAGGAGAUGAAUAUUUUCAAAAUGACCACACCAAACAAGACACCUCCUGGUGCUGAUCCUAAGCAGUUGGAAAGAACUGGAACAGUAAGGGAAAUUGGGUCACAAGCUGUUUGGUCACUCUCAUCUUGCAAACCAGAACCAGGGAUUGGAUUUAGGACCUUGCACUUGCCAGGAUUUGGUGUGGAUCAGUUACGAGAUGACAAUCUAGAAACUUACUGGCAAUCAGAUGGCUCCCAGCCUCAUUUAGUGAAUAUUCAGUUCAGAAGAAAAACAACAGUGAAGACAUUAUGUAUUUAUGCAGACUACAAGUCUGAUGAAAGCUACACACCAAGCAAGAUUUCAGUCAGAGUAGGAAAUAAUUUUCAUAAUCUUCAAGAAAUUCGGCAACUUGAAUUGGUGGAACCAAGUGGCUGGAUUCACGUUCCCUUAACUGAUAAUCACAAGAAGCCAACGCGCACAUUCAUGAUACAGAUUGCUGUUCUAGCCAAUCACCAAAAUGGAAGAGACACCCACAUGAGACAGAUUAAAAUAUACACACCAGUGGAAGAGAGCUCUAUUGGUAAAUUUCCUAGGUGUACAACUAUUGAUUUUAUGAUGUAUCGUUCAAUAAGGUGACUUUAAAAUGGAGUAAAAGUGAUUAAACAUGUUUUAUCGUCUCAUUAGAUAUUGAUAUAAUCUGAUAUAGAUAUCUUUAUUGAAAAAAUAUCAGUUAUUUUUCAAUUUUAUAUAUGUUUAAAAGUAUUUUACUUUGAUAAAUAAAUCAAUUUUGGGUCA